AUAAAGAAGGAGAAGAGGAAGAAAAGAAAAAAAAAAUUGAGAAAAGCCCUUUGUGUCCUAAGGAGUAUCCCAAGGAGAAAAAGAGAAAGGGGAAGGAGGAAAGCAAGAAGAAAGAAGCACAUAAAAGAACCCUUCCCCACUCAAAGAAGCAACACAGGAAGAAAAAAAAACAAUUCAAGCAGCUAAAAAUCAUCAAGAAAUUGAAGGUUAAACUUCCGGUGAAGAAAACAUUGCAGUCAACCCCAGGGCAUAUAAAAUUCUUAAAAAGAUUCAACAAAAAGAAGAAGUUGUUCAAAGUGGAAGACCGGGGAUCUACAGGUAAGAAAGCAUUUACUGAAGGGUGUAGAUGACCGAGUCAAGCUAGUGACGUUAAAGAAGCGCUUGCUAGGAAGCAACCAAGUGUUUUGAUGUAUUUUUCGUCCAUAUAGAGGGUAAGAAAGGUGACUCAUUAUUCCAUUUUCUUUAUUUCAAAAAAAAAAAAAGGAAUUCGACGCCCGGGCGGUGGAAUUGGUUGCCAGGGCGACGACGAAGCAGUUUUAAAAAUUGGAUCUGUAGCUCAAGCGAGCCCAACCCAAAUACACUCCUUUUUAUUCCAAGGGUCUCACCUGAGCCUCCACACUCAGCUUUCCUCUCCAACAACCCUCCAAACACCUCCCCUAAUUACUCUCUCCAAUUUUCCCCCUUUCCUAAACCCAUCAAAGACUAGGCCUCCACUCUUGGGCAGAAAAAUCAAAAGCCUCAAAGGGAGUUACUCUCACUUCAUCCUCAAUUUAUUCUAUGCUCCCAUCAUGGAAUGACGUUAGGCUCUAGGAGACCAAGGACUGCAGGUAGCAAAAGAAAGGAGAUUGAGCAGUUAUAUUCCCACCAGUUCAAGACACCGGCCCAUGCAAGAUAUUUCUCAAUAGUUGAGGGGAAGAAGCUGCUCAUGGAAUGCAAGGUGAGGCUGAUCACAGCCUCAGCCCCUCAGUUUGGAAGGGAGAUCACCAACAGAGGAUGGCUGAACCUAACCACCUACCCUGCCUCAGCCAACCCUGCCAUUGUGAAAGAAUUCUACACUAAUGCUAGGGCGUUGGGUGGUGAACCAGAGACAUACUCCAGCUAUUUGAGGGGCCGAAGGAUCCCCUUUGAUGCCAACACUAUCAACACCUUUUUGGGCACUGAUUGGGAAGGAGGAAGGUGCCAAUAUGAGCAGACCAUAAUUGAGGGAGUUGAUUAUGAGGAUGUGGUGAGGACUCUAUGCCUACCUAGGGAACGCUUUGAGCUGAGUAGAGUUGGAGUACCGACCCACCUCAAGAGGUCAUUCUUGAUUCCAAUGGCUAGGUAUUGGAUGACUUUCACCCAGGCCAACAUCCUCCCCUGCUUGCAUGUGUCUGACAUCACCAGCCUGGGGGCUACAUUCCUGUUCUGUGUCAUGAGUGGACGUGGUGUCAACAUAGGAUCAGUCAUUGCUGAUGAGAUUAGGAGCUGCACCCGCAACUUGCAUACUAGAACCCCAUUGGGGCACCCCUCCUGAUCACUCAUCUGUGUGAGAUGAUGGGUGUAGAUGUGUCUAAACCACCUCUAGAGAGCCCGAGAAAGGAGUUGGACGAUUCUUACUUUGCCUACCACUAUGCGAUUGAGGAACAGGGCCCAACCAUGAUCCCACAACAGGAGCCAGGGGCUCAUAGGGGACCACCACCACCAGCCCAUAAGGCCACCCCAUUUCAGAUGAGGGACAUGUAUAUGUCCCUAAUGGAGGCACGAAUGACAUUCCUCUACAGAGGGGAGCAGGAGUUGCUGAGGACACUGACAUCCGCUUUUCUUGAGAGACACUUUAUCUCACAGGAGGAGUUUGCAGCCAGAGUGGCAUGGCCCGCUGACCCAACAUAGGGAGGUGGCGGCGAUGGAGCUGCUGGGACCUCAGCCAUGGGAUAUGACUCAGAGGAAGAUUAUUAAUGAGAUGUACUUGGCAUCUACUGAUGGAUGCCACCUUUAGAAUAGGAUUUCUUUUGAAUAUGUUAUUUCUGCACUUUAAUUGUUGUAGCUUGUCUAGACUUCUACUUCUAAUUUUUGUCUUUAUUUUAAUUAAUGUGUGCUUUCUUUUA